GUUGGAUCAUCAGGCACCACAAUAUGCACCAACGGCGCCUUCCAUGCCACUGCCAAACCCGCCCUUCUGAUGCUUCUGGUUCAGUCGGUGUUCGCAGGCGUCAACGUUCUCUACAAAUUGGCUGUGAACGAUGGAAUGAAUUUGAUGAUCAUGAUCGCUUUUCGUUUCGUGUUCGCUUCCCUUUUUAUGCUUCCCCUUGCCUUCUUUUUCGAAAGGAAUAAAAGGCCAAAGAUGAGAUGCUCGAUACUCUUCUAUGGAUUUCUUUGUGGAUUAUUUGGAGGAACGUUGAGUCAAAACUUAUACGUAAAGAGUUUAGCGAUGACAUCAGCAACAUUUGUUUCGGCUAUGCAGAAUCUCUCUCCAGCUAUUACCUUCCUUCUCGCCCUCUCCUUCGGGAUGGAAAAGUUGGAGAUGAGGAGCAAGGAAGGGGUGGCCAAGGUGGCAGGAACGUUACUGGGGAUUGGUGGGGCCAUGUUUCUUACUUUCUACAAAGGCGUCCAGAUCAGCAUUUGGUCAACCCACGUGGACCUUCUCCGUGGAGGACACUUGGCACAUCUUCCUCAAAAUCCUCACCACUCCCACAAUUUUGUGCUUGGAAGUCUGCUGGCUCUCGCCAGCUGCCUCUCUUACUCUUUCUGGCUCAUCCUUCAGACAAAAAUGACGAAAAUAUAUCCAUGCCAAUACUCAAGCACGGCGUUGAUGUGUGUGAUGGGAGCAAUUCAGGGGUUGGCAAUAUCAAUUUGUGUGGAGAGAGAUUGGAAGCAGUGGAAAUUGGGUUGGAAUAUCAGACUUCUCACCGUCGCAUUUGCUGGGAUCGUGGCGUCGGGAGCCAUGGUGACGCUGAUGGCGUGGUGCGUACGUAUGAGAGGGCCAUUGUAUGUGUCUAGUUUCAGCCCUCUUAUGCUUCUCCUGGUAGCUAUUGCGGGAUCCCUAUGCCUCCAAGAAAGCUUGCACCUUGGCAGUGUGAUUGGAGCAGUGCUGAUUGUGUGUGGUUUAUACAUGGUGUUGUGGGGCAAAGGCAGAGAGAUGAACAACAUACUUCCAUUGAAAGACGUUGAGGUUACCACUCCAAAGCCUCAAAAUGAAAAUCAAAUUUCUGAUAUCAAGAACAACACAAGCAUUACGACUUGAGUAAAGUUUUAAUAUAUCAUAUACUAUCAUGUUUGAAGUUUUUAUGCUUAAGGUUCUAUCUUUUUUUAAGAUGCUCUAUUUUGAUCACUAGAAACUUGUUUAGUAUAAGCUGCUCAUGUAUGUGUUGCUAGCCACACAUAUCAAGUUUAAUAUAAAGUUUGGAAACAAAGAUCACAGUGAGUUUAGUUAGUUUACAUGAUGAUAUCUGAUCAAAACUUCUUUAUGUCAAAAUGAUGAUAUUGGUUAAUCUCAACGACUAAAGUAUUCCUAUGGCCAUUGGGUUGAGC